AUGGGACAGACUUUGAUGAUCCAGAGGGAGGACACACGGCAUUUGCUAACAGCUUGUAAAAAAGAUCUGGAAGAUGCAAAAGGUGAUGCUUUGCAAAAGGGGAAGCGUGUGGAAGAACUUCACGGGAAAAUCGAAGCAAACCUCACGGAACUUAAUGUUUGUCGUGAUAAAAUUGGUCAGCUAGAGGAGACCGUACGCGUUAGUGCUCGUGAGAUAGGUGACUCGCAUGCAUGCGAGAACGAAAGCAAUCUUACCAAGUUUACCCAAGUUAGCAACAAACUUGAACAGGUUGGAAUAUUGCGACUCUUGGUUCGGCAUCGUUUACUGCAAAGAAGUCUACUUCAUUGA